AUGGAGGAACGCAUGUGGGGAGUGCUGCGCCCCUUCUUCAGCAAGAAAGGGGAAGCAGCUGCUGCCAGAAGGUUGAAUCACGGCUUAUGGAAGGCACCUCACGUGAGCCAGAUUUGCCACUGGGACUGCGGCGUAAGCUGCGCCCAGAUGGUCCUGAGAGGGCUCGGCCGAGAGGCCGAGAGAUCGUCCCUGCUCGCGUCUCUGGGCACCCGCAGCGUCUGGACAAUCGACCUGGCCAUGCUCUUGCAUCGUCAGGGAGUCAGAUUCAUGUACGGAACGCGCACCGCGGGGGUCACCGAGGCGUACUCGACGAUCGACUUUUACCGCGCCAACUUCGACCACGACGCUCCCCGGGUGCAGUCGUUGUUCAAGGCCGCCAGGCUCGAGUCUCCUCCUGCUAGCGGCGGCGAUCGCGCGGCCUCGCCGCCGAGAGACUCGUCCUACUGCGGGCACUACAUCCUUCUCGUCGGGUGGAGCGAGGCGGACGGGGUGUUCAUCGCGAGGGACCCCGCUCUCCCGUCGUCCACGCCGUCGACGGCGACAGCCCCAGGCGGCGCCGGAGGCGGGGACCCCAACGCCCACGCGUGCAUCGCGCUCACGCCGGAGGCGCUGGACAGGGCGCGGCGCAGCUACGGCACCGAUGAGGACGUCCUCGUGAUCGACCUAGCGCGCAGCCGCAAGGGCGGGGUCCCCACGGCCCCGCUGGCGGCGGCAGCGGCGGCGACGGCCUUGGCGGCGUCUGCGGCGAGCUCGGCGGCGGCGGCUUCGGCGAUGGUCGGGAUACUGGCGAUGGCGGCCGCCGCCGCCGCGGCGGGGGCCGAGGCCUCGGGUUUCAAGGAGUGGGCGUGGCCCGAUCGAGCGGCCUGGUUCAGCGGGCACCACGCCGCCGUCGUCGACAGCGCAGCCAACGUGGACGGCACCGGCGGCGCGGGAGCAAGUGGUGGAGACGAGGUUGUUGGGAGGCGAGGUGUACCGUUAAGCGGCGCCGAGUCGGCGGCCAGACGGCUCGCCAGCCUCCUGUCGCUCGCCGCAAGCGGGCUCCGUUUCCCGACGGUAGGGGACGCGUAUCGCGGCCCCGGGGUUUUGUGGGGUAACGGGGCAACCGGCGGCGGCGGCGGCGGCGGAGGGAGCGGGAGCGGGAGCGGGAGCGGUGCCGACGCCGAGGAAAAGGAGGAGCAAGAACGGUGGGCCGUGCGUAUGGCGAGCGCGAUGCUUUUGGAAGGCGGCAGGCGGGCGGUCUACACUAUGGAAGGGCUGCUGCAGGGGGGCAGACGGGCGGCCUACACCAUGGAAGGCUUUCUGCAGGGAGGGGCCAACACGAUGGAAGGGCUAUUGCAGGGGGGAAGGAGGGCGGCGUACACCAUGGAAGGCUUGCUGGAGGGGGGGAGGAGGGCGGCGUACAACCUUCGCGACCAGCUCGCGGACGUGGCGGACGCGCCGGGAGGGGCGGGUGCGGAGUGCUGCUCGAUCGCGGUGUUAACCUCUCCCGGGUCGCCUGUGUCCCCCGCGAGGUUGCCGGUCGUGUCGCCGGCUUAGCCGCGUGUGUUUUGUCCUGGAGCGCGCUUCGACGGCGGGUUGCCAAUACGGACGCCCAGCGUUCCGUUGUCGUCAUUGCGGGCCUCGCGUUUCGCUCUCUCCACGGAAUUUUGGGGUAGUCACAACGGUGUGCGUGUGGCGUAGUUGAGAUAUAGCUCAAGUGGGGUCGCCCGUUAACUGUGCUUUGUUGAUUCUUGUCUGGUUAUGGGUGGCCAGUGCUACUUUCGCGCGUGUUGGUGUGGGUCUCCUAGAUUGGAGCGCACUACCUAUUUCUGCUGUAUUUUUUCAGGGAUUGUAGCCAUUAGACCCCAUUUGGUAAGUUUCAUGCUUGAUCGCUCUCCGAGUCAUGUGCGCGCGCGAACGGUUGCUGAGUGCACGGUUUUCCCCGUAUGUAAGAGUGCUCGCUAUUUAUGUACGUAUGCGUAUGUCUGCUUUUCAGAAAAUCAACCUUCAAGUAUGAUAAAAGGCAACCCCCCGGAUAGUCCUGCCUCAACGAGGGGGGGGGGGGGGGGGGGGGGGGG